AUGGACAUUUUUCGUGUUAUGAUCAAAACAUGCCUUCUUUGCAUCGUCUUCUUGAUCAAUUACCCCGUGAAAAUAAUUUCAGUUUCCGAUACUGAUGCUUUGUUGAAGCUGAAACAAUCAUUUACAAAUGCAGCGUCAUUGGAAUCCUGGAAACCUGGAACGGAUCCGUGUGACAAAAAUAUACGUUGGUUGGGUGUUUUUUGUCAGAAAAAAAUGGUUACUGGACUUCUUCUUGCAGAAACGAAUUUAUCUGGAAUUAUAGACGUUGAGGCAUUAUCACAAAUGCCUGCUCUGCGUACACUUAGUUUUCAAAGCAAUUUAUUUUCUGGACCAAUUCCGGAAUUCAAUCGAAUGGGUGCUUUAAAAGGUCUUUAUUUGUCGGAAAAUCAAUUUUCUGGUGAAAUUCCAUCAAAUUACUUCGAAAAAAUGUUGUCGUUGAAGAAGUUAUGGCUCUCUGACAACAAAUUUUCGGGUGAAAUUCCAUCUUCAUUAAUGGAGCUGCAAUAUCUCAUUGAAUUGCACCUGGAGAACAAUCAGUUCACAGGUCCAAUACCGCCAAUCUCGAAGCAGUCAACAUUAGAAUCAAUCGAUUUUUCUAAUAAUAACUUGAAAGGGGAAAUCCCUGUUUCGUUAUCAAGAUUCAAUGAGAGUUCAUUUAAGGGGAAUUCCGAGCUUUGUGGUGAAAAAUUAGGCAAAGCCUGUAAUCAAGCCAUAAAUAGCAGCAACGACAACAACACUAAUAAUAACGCAAAUAAUGGCACUCAACAAAGUCCGGAUAGUAAUUCGAAUAAAAGCAUCUCAAUGUGGAUUAUGAUAUCAUCAGUUGUUCUGUUAUUGAUCAUGAUCAUAGUAAUAUACCUCAUAUGUCGCUGCCAACAAAAUCGCCGUGCUUCAAUUGAAAGUUUUGAUGAGCCAUCACUUGGGAGGCGAAUUUCGAGUGAUAGCAAGAAGUCAUUUGAACUAAGUAGACGUGGCAGUUCGAUUAGAAAAGGGUCGAUAAUGGGAAAACGGGUAGGAGAUUUGACAAUGGUGAAUGAUGAUAAAGGUGAGUUUGGUUUAGCAGAUUUGAUGAAAGCUGCUGCAGAGGUGUUAGGGAAUGGGCCAUUGGGUUCUUCUUAUAAGGCUAUGAUGUCAAAUGGAUUGACAGUUGUGGUAAAGAGGAUCAAAGAAAUGAACAAGAUCGGAAAAGAUGGUUUCGAUGCAGAGGUUAAACGUUUAGGAAGAUUGAGACAUAAAAAUAUUCUAACACUUUUGGCUUACCAUCAUCGCAAGGAAGAGAAGUUGUUUGUGUAUGAGUACAUUCCUAAAGGAAGCUUGCUAUACAUAUUGCACGGUGAAAGAGGGCUGCCCCAUGCUGAGCUCACCUGGCCAGUGCGUCUAAAUAUUAUACAAGGAGUAGCUCAAGGACUAAAUUAUCUUCACACUGAACUUGCUUCUUCUGAUUUGCCCCAUGGCGAUUUGAAAUCGAGCAAUAUACUCAUAAGCACAAACCACGAGCCAAUACUCACUGGUUACGGAUUCUGCACCUUAAUGAACAACGCGCAUGCAGUUCAAGCACUAAUCGCGUUCAAGUCACCAGAAGCAGUACAAAAUAACCAAGUUACACCCAAAUGCGACGUUUAUUGCCUUGGAAUUGUGAUUCUUGAGAUAAUAACAGGGAAGUACCCGUCUAUAUAUCUUAAUACCGGUAAAGGAGGGAUAGACAUAGCACAAUGGGCGAAAUCCGCGAUUGCUGAGGGAAGAGAAACUGAAUUAUGUGAUCCAGAUAUAAUAACAAGCGCGAAAGAUUCAAUGAGUUCAAUUAAGGAACUAAUUCACAUUAGUGCAGCAUGUGUAGAGAGUAAUCCGCAACAGAGGAUAAAUAUUAGAGAAGUCAUUAGGAGGAUUGAAGAAAUACAACAACAAAACGGAGUAGGCCAAACAGGACAAACAACAACAAUGCCUCAGUCUCAAACGGGACAAGCAAUUGAGAUAAUGCCGUCUCCAAGAGAUGGAGAUGCUGAAAUAUAAGUGUCAGAAUCCUAACAAGGAACAACAAAUCAUUAGGAAU